UCCAACAUUUAAAGAGUUGUCUGAUUUUCUUCUGUGUACAGUUAUUUCUUUGGGAAACUCCUUUGGAUCAUCUCGUAUUGAUUUUGUCAGCAACAGAUAUCCAGAAGUCAGUAUAAAAGAUCUUGAACGAGAUAAAAGAGCUUCAUUGGGAAGCUAGACAAUCAAGAUUAUGAACCCUAACCAAAAGGUUCCAAAGCAGUGGAAAAAAUACAUGUCUGUUGGAAGCAACAAAGAAGAUUUGGUAGACUUUUUAUAUCAAAGCUGGCAAUUGAGUGAUCCUAGUUUGUUUUGUGGAAUUUCAGUAUACAUAACACAUGGUGAAUUUUGUCAUCAAUUCGUCCCUAUAUUGAAAACUGUUGUUGUGAACGAAGUAGCUGCUUUGCACUGCAAUCAUGAGGAAGCAGAUACACGUCUUUUAGCUCAUGUUGAACACGCCAUCACCAACGGGAUUAAAAAUAUCAUUAUUCAAAGUCCGGAUACUGAUGUGUUUGUAAUAAGCUUAAGUAACACGUUUUGUAAAGAUAGUUGUCUAUACUUUCUCACUGGAAUAGGAAAUAAAAGAAGGAUAAUCUCAAUAAAUGCUGUCAUACAGCAUUGGAAUAAAAAUUGGUGCCAGGCAUUUAUUGGUUUUCAUACAUUUACAGGUUGUGACACAACAAGCUCGUUCAUGGGAAAAGGUAAAGGGAAACCCCUUAAGGUCCUCUUUGAGUAUACCGAAUUUCUUGACACAUUUAGUCGAUUAGGAGGUUCCUUUAUAAUUUCAGAAAGUGUUUUAAGUAGUCUGAAGAAGUUUGUCUGCUAUAUGUAUCAAAAGAAUUCUACUUGUAAUUCUGUGAACGAAAUGAGGUAUCAAUUGUUUAAAUCCGGAAUAUACGACGAAGAACUGCUCCCACAAACUUUAGAUUCUCUUAGAUGUCAUAUAAAACGAGUUAACUAUCAAUCAUAUAUAUGGCAAAAUGCAACUAAGCCUAUUCAUAAUUUAGAGGAUUUCCAAAACCAUGGCUGGAUGGUUAGUAAAUCAGGAAUCGCCAUUGAAUGGCUAAUGAAUCCAGUAGCACCAGAAAGUAUCCUAAACUUUGUAAAAUGUAACUGUACGACAGGUUGUGAUACUAAACGCUGUUCUUGUGUAAAAUCGGCUUUUAAGUGUUCAGAACUAUGUAACUGCUCAAAGUGUGAUAACACUGCUUUUGCUGACGAUGAAGAUGUUUAUGAUUAUGGUGUUAAGGAUUACGAUGAGUACGAAGAUGAAUUGUUAGAAGACCAAACUGAUUAUUUUUAA